CCCGCGCGCCCGGCACAUCCUCUCGGUGUUUCCGCUGGCGGCGGGCGUCUUUUCCGUGAGGCUGCUCUUCGAGCGGUUUAUUGCCAAACCCUGUGCACUCCAUGUUGGCAUCGAGGACAGUGGUCCUUAUCAGGCCCAACCCAAUGCCAUCCUUGAAAAGGUGUUCCUAUCUAUUACCAAGUACCCUGAUGAGAAAAGGCUGGAGGGCCUAUCAAAACAACUGGACUGGGAUGUUCGAAAAAUCCAGUGCUGGUUUCGCCAUCGGAGGAAUCAGGACAAGCCCCCAACGCUCACUAAAUUCUGUGAAAGCAUGUGGAGAUUCACUUUUUAUUUAGGUAUAUUCUGCUAUGGAAUUAGAUUUCUCUGGUUGGCACCUUGGUUCUGGGACACCCGGCAGUGCUGGCAUAGCUACCCGUAUCAGCCUCUCUCAAGUGGGCUCUAUUACUAUUAUAUCAUGGAAUUGGCCUUCUACUGGUCUCUUAUGUUUUCUCAGUUUACAGACAUUAAAAGAAAGGACUUCCUCCUUAUGUUUGUGCAUCACUUGGCCACCAUUGGGCUUAUCACCUUCUCCUACGUCAACAACAUGGUCCGGGUGGGAACUCUGGUCAUGUGUCUACAUGAUGCCUCAGACUUUUUGCUGGAGGCAGCCAAGCUAGCCAAUUAUGCCAAGUAUCAGCGGCUCUGUGACACCCUUUUCGUGAUCUUCAGUGCUGUCUUUGUGGUCACUCGUCUAGGGAUCUAUCCUUUCUGGAUUCUGAAUACCACCCUCUUCGAGAGUUGGGAGAUGAUUGGGCCCUACCCUUCCUGGUGGCUUUUCAAUGGCCUUCUCCUGAUCCUGCAGGUUUUGCAUGUCAUCUGGUCCUACCUAAUUGCACGAAUUGCUUUCAAAGCCUUGAUCCGGGGAAAGGUGUCUAAGGAUGAUCGCAGUGAUGUGGAAAGCAGCUCAGAGGACGAAGAUGUGACUGCUUGCACAAAAAGCCCUUGUGGCAACAACUCCAGCAAUGGUGCCAACCGGUUGAAUGGUCACAUGGGAGGCAACUACUGGGCCGAACAGUAAAGUGCUUGGUAUGGGGACUUGAGCAUAGGUGGACUUACAGGGCCACUGACAACCUAUUCCCUUGGACCUCACCACGUCUACACUUGUAUGACUAGGGGGGCCUACAGGGCACUGAGAAUCAAAGAAGCAAAUAUUUUCACUUUUUUAAAAAAACUUUGCCGUUUUGUAUUUAAUAGCCUCCAGGUCCUUUCAGUAAUAUUAUUUGCUCUGUGUGUGUGUGUGUGUGUGUGUGUGUACACUUGUGGGUGUGCAUUUGUGCAUAUGCAUGAGUUUCUUGGCCUGGGUUGGGGCACAAUUCUGUACUAGGGCGUUGUCCCCUUUGAACCACCUCAGUCCCAGACUUGGCUGCAUCUUGAAUUAUGCUGGCUCCAGACUAUCCUCUCUUGUUGCCCUGGACCAUCUGAAUGCAGCAGCCAAGUUCAGGUCCAGGUUUCUGCACUGUUCCUCUUUUGGAGCUGGAAUAUUUCACAUGAAGUUGUAUAGAAACAGAGAACAUGGAUAGAUGGCCAGGAUUGCUAUAGUCCCUAGCUAGAUCCCCUUCCUACCUCCUGAUAGUGACAGGGACAGCUGCUGAUACCCUGCUCCUUUCUCCACGGUACAUAGGGAGGGCGGGAGGGGAGGAGCUGAGGGCUGGAGGACAACAGCCACUGACUGGGUGAGCUGUUAAUGGUUUUUAUACUAUUGUUUACUCUUAUGUGAUUAAAAGUGCUUCAACCCUC